AUGGCAAAUGGACCCAUUGCAGAACGUAAUAGAGAUGCUACAAUUUAUGUUGGUGGCUUAGAUGAUAAAGUGACAGAGUCUUUAUUAUGGGAAUUGUUUGUUCAAGCAGGUCCUUUGGUAAAUGUUCAUAUGCCAAAGGAUAGGGUUACAAUGAUGCAUCAAGGAUAUGGCUUUGUAGAAUUCAUGGGAGAGGAAGAUGCAGAUUAUGCAAUUAAAAUAAUCAAUAUGAUUAAGUUAUAUGGAAAACCUAUAAGAGUGAAUAAGGCAUCAGCUCAUCAAAAGAAUUUGGAUGUAGGGGCAAAUAUAUUUAUAGGAAAUCUAGAUCCUGAAGUAGAUGAGAAACUUUUGUAUGAUACUUUUUCUGCCUUUGGAGUUAUACUUCAAACCCCUAAGAUAAUGAGGGAUCCAGAAACAGGAAAUUCAAAAGGAUUUGCCUUUAUAAAUUUUGCCAGUUUUGAAGCUUCUGAUGCAGCAAUUGAGGCGAUGAAUGGUCAGUAUUUGUGUAAUAGGCCCAUAUCAGUGUCAUAUGCCUUUAAGAAAGAUGCUAAAGGCGAAAGACAUGGCUCAGCAGCUGAAAGAUUGCUUGCGGCGCAGAACCCGUUGUCACAAGCAGAUCGACCUCAUCAAUUAUUUGCAGAUGCACCACCUAUGAAUAUGAUGCCACCUGUUAUGACUAUGGCCCCGCCACCACCACCAGUAAUUCUAGCAGGAAUGAUGCCUCCACCUCCUCCGACACCCACAAGUAUGCCGCCCCCACCACCUCCUCCAGUUCCACCACCAGCUGCCUUUCCUUCUGGUAUUCCUCCACCUCCUUUGCCCCCCUCUCAACCGCCUCUGCCUCCUGGUGCGCCACCAGCGCCUCCUACUUCGGUUUCUUUAGGAAGACCUCCACCACCUCCUACUCCUACAUCCCAACCUCCAUCAUCUUUACCACCGAAUGCGCCUCCACCACCGCGUAUGAUGCCUCCACCGCCAAACUGGCAAGGUCCUCCACCUCCAGGAGGUUCAGCGAAUUUGCCACCGAAUUUACCUCCACCGCUUCCACCUGGAGCCAGACCACCCCCAAAUUGGAGACCACCACCGCCUUUCGGAGCACCCGGAAGACCUCCAUUUCCACCACGUGGUCCACCGCCACCUCCUCCCAAUCAAUUCGAUGGAAAUUAUACUGAAGGAAAUUGGUAAAAAAUUGGCACUAAUAGUAUUUCAAGUUGAAUCGAUUACGAUAUGAAGAAACGCUAAGGUGAUUAAAUCAAGGACAAUUAAAAAUUAGGUCAUAUUUGUAUUUUUUUAUAGAAUUAAAUGAAUUACAGAGUUUUGUAUUAAUUGUAAAAUUAUUCAUUCGUUUUUUUUUUUAAUUUCCGUAGUACUUGAGAUGUUUUCGGUUUCAAUUUUUUUUUUUUAAGUAGCAUUAAUUAAAUAUUCGUUUUGUGACCUUGUUCUUAUUUUAGGAAUUGUUUAGAUAUAGCUGAAUUGUGUAAAAUACAAAUAAGAUCCUUUAUACGGUUACAUUACCUUUUAUGCUAAAAUAAAUCAUCUUUUUGAACAUUUA